AUGGCCAAAAGAGAAACUCAAUGGGUGUUCGUGUUGUUGUUGAUUGUAGUAACAACCAACUUGUUACUGGAUGUGCAUCCUUGCUUGGCAACCUUGACAGAGCUUAUUGAGAAGAGGAGAAAUGUCGCUUCGAGCUUGGAGGUUGUACAGGACCAACUAACACAAGUUGCUGCAUCUAAACGAAGUCUUUUGGGUAUGAGAGAUGCUUCUAUGGUUGUUAUGGCAGACUCCUCCUUUGUGUCAUAUGCUUUAUCGGAUGUACUUGGAGUGAAGAGCAUUUCAGACAAUCAAAUUCAGGUAUUGAACGACCAUGAGAAAGAUCUCACAUUGCGAAUGAACGUCCUGCAGAAAAGUCUAGAACUUUUGGACAUGGAAAUUGCAAAUGCUUACAAGAAUUAUCCAGCACCGUUGAAGAGAUACGCCGCAGGAUCUUAUGGCAUUUCAGUUAUCAAUAAUAAUGGAACUCUUCAAUAUUGGGGCUAUUAUCACACCAGUUAUGGAAUGGGCUUCACUGAUCCAACUCUUGCCAACGGAGUUUCCAUUUCACAACCAAGGAAUGUGGACACUUCUCCAAUGGGUCCUCAAGCAAUUACAGAGGUUCACGUGGUGAGAGAUAGGGGAUUUCUUGUUCGAACGGAAAACAACACCUUAUAUGCAUGGGGCGACAACACGAAUGGAAUGUUGGGAGUGGGAUCCACAAGUGGUUAUAUUUCAAGAAUGAUGAAACUUGAUUUUGGUUAUCUUCAGACAGAGAGAGUAAUUCCAAAGAAAAUUGUUACAACAGACACGGAUUUAACGGUCUUUGUUACUGAAGACGGAAGAUUAUACUAUUCGGGAGCUUUUCGUGUCUAUUCUCCAGUUCCAACUUCUAACACUCCAAAGUUGGUGUAUACUAUGUAUAACAAUCAACAGUUGAACGUCAUUGAAGUUGCAUUUGACUCUGGAGCCUCCUCCUUGUGUGUUAUUUCCGGUAACGACUUUAAGGUUUACUGUAUUGGAGAGAAUAGUCUUGGAACACUUGGAGAUGGAACCACAACAGCCAGAACUGGAGCCACUUCUUUCGACAAUUACUUUCAAACGAAAUGGGUUCCUGUGGCUUCUGACAAAACUUUCCUUAAAAUUUAUGGUGGCAUUAAUUGCAUGUUUGCAAUUUCCACUGAAGGAAAACUUUAUUCAUGGGGUCAAUCUAACAAAAUCAUUCGAGUCCCAGAUGCCAGUAAUCCACACUCAAGACCUGGCUUGGUUCCAAUGCAAGCUAAUAUCAUUGUUACCAAUAUUUGUAUGCCACAAAACUUUUGGGCAGAAAGUAAUACUUACAUGGUUGUGGUGGAUCAGAAUAGUCAACCUUACGUAUUGGGUACUUAUAAUGGUGAAACCUUCACCUCUCCAUACGCCAUUGGUCUUUUUAAAGGAAAGAAAAUUACAGGAUGCUCUUUCACAAACUAUGUGCAAAUCAUGACCACAGAUAACGGAAUAAUUCUUGCAAGUGGUUACAACAAUUACUUUCAACUUUUGAGAGGGCAAGGUGAUUCUAUUCGUUAUUGGCGAGAUGUGGUCUAUCCUUAA